AUGUUGGACUCGAAAUCUGGUUAUCACCAGAUUUUGUUAAAGCUUGAGGAUAGGUACAAAACAGCUUUCAGAACACAUCAUGGGCAUUAUGAAUGGCUGGUUAUGCCAUUAAGGCUCACUAAUGCUCCAGCUACAUUCCAGAGCCUUAUGAAUGAGGUUUUUAAAGGUGUUUUGAGAAAAUUUGUUUUAGUGUUUUUUGAUGAUAUAUUGGUGUAUAGUCGUACAUGGCAUGAUGAUUUAUUGCAUUUAGAGUUUGUGUUGCAAACUCUCCAACAACAGAAACUAUAUGCUCGGCUCUCUAAAUGUUCUUUUGGAGUUGUCCAAAUUGAUUAUUUGGGCCAUGUGUUAUCUGGAGCAGGAGUUGCAGGAGUUGCUAUGAAGACUUCAAAAUUGGAAGCUAUUAAUAGUUGGCCACAACCUACGUCUCUCAAACAACUCAGAGGGUUUAUAGGCCUCACAGGUUACUACAGAAGAUUCAUAAGGAAUUAUGCGUCUAUGGCUGGCCCACUCACGGAUUUGUUGAAGAAAAAAUCUUUUCAUUGCUCUAAAUUAGCUUCGCAACCUUUUCUGCAACUCAAACAAGCUAUGACUUCAACACCAGUAUUGGCCAUUCCUAAUUUCAAGGAACCCUUUAUUUUGGAGACUGAUGCUUCAAGUUCCGGUAUCGAGGCUGUUUUGAGACAAGCACACCAUUCAGUGGCCUAUUUCUCCAAGAAGCUAUCUCCUAGAAUGCAAAAACAAUCUACCUAUGCAAGGGAAUUCUAUGCAAUUACAAAAGCAUUGACUAAAUUUCGGAGCUUGUUUAUGGCUUGGUCAGAACCUAUCAGUAACUGGUUGAUCAAAGUUGCAGAGGAAACAAAGAAGGAUAACACACUCUUUGAGUUACUUAAUCAGCAUGCUCAAGGGGUUAAAAUUGAUCCUAAGUAUGAAAUAAAGGACGGGUUGGUAUUUAGGAAAGGGAAGCUGAUGAUUUCUAAAGGCUCUUCCUUGCGACAACAAAUACUUCAAGAAUUUCACGAUACCAAGACCGGGGGUCAUGCAGGCAGGACCAAAACUGUUGCGAGAAUUUGCACUAAGUUUUAUUGGCCUAAAAUGCAGGAGGAUAUUAAAACCUACAUAAAAAAUUGUAGCAUAUGUCAGCAAGAGAAGAGUGAUCUGGUUUUGCCUGCUGGGUUACUACAACCGUUACCUAUCCCUACACAGAUUUCGAAAGACAUUGCAAUGGACUUCAUUACUCAUCUACCUUCUUCUCAUGGCUAUGCUACAAUUAUGGUAGUGGUAGAUCGUCUCUCCAAAUUUGGUCACUUUAUUGCGUUGAAAGCUGAAUUUAACAGUAAAACAGUAGCAAAUGCAUUCAUCAACAAUGUUGCAAAAAUUCAUGGCUUUCCUAAAUCUAUUGUGUCUGAUAAAGACAAAGGCACCACCUUAGCUAUGAGUUCUUCUUAUCACCCACAAAGUGAUGGCCAGACGGAGGUCCUUAACAAGACUCUUGAGAUGUAUUUACGAUGCUUUGUUUAUGAGAAUCCUAAGUCAUGGUAUCCAAUGUUAUCUUGGGCACAAUAUUUGUAUAUUUCCUCAUUUCAUCACAGUAUUGCAAUGAGCCCUUUCAAGGCUGUGUUUGGUGGAGAAGCCCCUUCGGUUAUUCCUUAUCAGGUUCAUUCUAAGGAUCCUUCAUCUCUGCAAGAAACCUUAAUAAAGAGAGACAAACUUUUGCAGCAACUUAAGGAUAACUUAUUCAAAGCCCAUAAUUAUAUGAAGUUCCAAGCUGAUAAGAAGAGGAGAGACGUUCAACUAGCAAUGGGUGAUUUAGCAUUGGUGAAAUUACAACCUUAUAGGCAACACUCUAUUGCCCUUCGAAAGAAUCAAAAGUUGGGAAUGCGAUUUUUUGGCCCUUUUAAGGUGGUGCAGCGUAUUGGUCCGGUGGCUUACAAGUUGGAAUUACCAGAAUUGGCUCCCUCAACAGGUUCUGGAUGCCAGAACCAUCCUCCGGAGUGGUAUAGAAGUGCAACAAUUGUUGAUUCAAUGGAACUAUCAGACCCUAAUGAAGCUACGUGGGAAGAUUUCAUCUUCAUUAAGCAGCAUUAUUCUCAGUUCAACCUUGAGGACAAGGUUGAUUUGGAAGGGAAGGAUAAUGUAACAGAUAAAAACGUGAGAAAGUUGGUUAUGGAGAAGAGACACGUGGAGAUGGGCAAGAGACACGUGGAGGGUGAUAAGGAAAUUAAAGAAGGAAGAAAAAGCAUGAGGCACAGAAAACCAAAUAUGCUUUUAAAGGAUUUUCAACCGCGAGAGAAGGUUGAUUCUGGAUUGUACAUGGCCUGGUGA